AUGAUUGGGAAGAAGAAAAAAGAUGAGGUUAUCUUCCAAGUGAAAAUUACAGCAACUGAAUGCGUUCAGAACCAAACCCUUACUAUUCGUCCUCUGGGUUUCACCGACACCCUCACAGUGAACAUAAGCAGUCGAUGUGAUUGUGAGUGUGAUGAGGAAAGAUUGGAUCCUUCUGUCUGUAGUGGACAUGGAAAAGUAGAUUGUGGAAUCUGCAGAUGCGAUUCUGGUUUCAUUGGAAAGAACUGUGAUUGUGAAACCGGCGGAAAAUCCAACAAGGAACUUGAAAAGACUUGUCGAAAAGACAAUGCCUCAGUCAUUUGUUCGGGCCUUGGGGACUGUGUGUGUGGGCAGUGCGCUUGCCACACCAACGACGACCCCAAGAAGCUGAUCUAUGGCACCUUCUGUGAGUGUGACAACACCAACUGUGAGCUGCACGAUGGCCAGGUGUGUGGAGGGGCAGAACGAGGACAUUGUGACUGUGGGAAGUGUAAAUGCAACCUUGGCUUUGAAGGCAGUGCCUGCCACUGCAGGAGUACAACAGAUGGUUGUAAGAUCGACAAGGGGAGCGUGUGCAGCGGCCGUGGGAAGUGCGAGUGCAAUACGUGCCUCUGCCGAAAUGGCUACCAGCGCCCGUUUUGCAAAGAGUGCCCAGGAUGUCCAUCCCCUUGUGCCAGAUACAUUGCCUGCGUUGAGUGCAAAGCCUUUCAAAGUGGCCCACUAGAAAAGAAUUGCUCUAAAGCUUGCUCAAACAUUAUUCUGAAAGAAACAUUAUCAGGUGGCAAAGCAUGCAGAGAAAAGGAUUCUCAGAACUGCUGGAUCUCCUACAAGAUUUUUCAAGAGGAUGGAGAAGAGCAGUAUUCUGUGACAGUCAAUCCAGAGAAAGAGUGCCCAGAGCCCCCCAAUAUUGCAGCCAUUGUGGGCGGGAUCAUUGCCGGCGUGGCUCUCAUCGGGCUCCUCCUGCUCCUUGUCUGGCGAUUUGUGACAGAGCUGAUUGACCGUCGGGAAUAUCACCGGUUUGAGAAGGAAAAGGCCAAGGCCCGGUGGAACGACGCUGACAAUCCUCUCUUCAAGAGUGCCACCACCACAGUCGUGAACCCCCAGUUUGGCGGCCAGCAGGGAUGAACCGGAGGAGCCCUGUGAAGGACCCAGAGGAAGAUAAUGGAGGACGACUCCACCUCUGCUGCAGGAUCCGCUGCGUUGUUACUUUCAUGCCCUGCGCUUCAGGCACAGGAAUAGGCCCUGUUGUAUCUAUGUCAGGUUGUACCUUUCCAAGAACCUUUUGUGUGGCUUUUGCAAGCAUGUUUCCAUUGCAGUAAUGAAAGCAUCAUGUCUAGGUGCUAGACUGCUUUAUUUGCACUUGCACUCCCCCUUCCCCCUUACCCCCCCCACACACAAAGCCAGUGUCUAUCCCUCUCCUCCUGUGAGCAAUUGGAGCAUUAAUAGUAACAAAAGAAAUUGGGUGGUCGUUACAGGGGUGGAGGUUGGUCCAUUUGGAGGUUGGUCCAUUUGCUGCACUGUCCUUGGCAGACAGUCCAGGUGGGGCUUGGAGGUCUCCUGGAAUUACAUCUGAUCUGCCACCUACAGAGAUCGGUUUUCCUGGAGAAAAGGCUUCAUACCUGUCUUCCCUCUCCAACGCCCACCUGUCCAGGCACGCCCCCCCCCCCAAAUCUCCAGGGAUUUCCCAGCCCCAAAGCUCAGCCGCUCUCUGUCUUGUCGUUGUCCAGGUCUACACUGCAAGCACCAUCCUAUCCCUGCAGAGGGAUUUUCUUCCCCUGUAAUCUAGGCCCACCCAUACCAAAACGCCAGUCAGUCCGGUAAAAAAAUGUCCCCUCAAGUUCUUGAUUCAUCUCUCCCCACCCCCCCAUCAAGUGCAAUCUGUUUUAUGGCAACCCCAAGUGGGGUUUUGAAGACAAGAGACGUUCAGAGGUGGCUUGCCGUUGCCUACUUCCUCCUCAAGACCCUGACGUUCCUUGGAGGUCUCUCAACCAAAUGCUCGCCAGGGGCCACCCUGCUUAGCUUCUGAGAUCUGGUGAGAUCAGGCCAGCCGGGGCCAUCUCAGGAGGGCAACUGGUCAACAGACCUGUAUGAACAACUGAAGCUAUCAGACUCCACUUUUUCUCUAGGGAAGAAAAGAAAAAAUGACCCAUCAAGAACUCCCUCAGAGGAUGAAUUCUCAUGACUACAUAAAUGAGGGUCUUUGCUCUUCCCCCUAUAUGAUGUAAUGGAGCCUUCCCACCUCCCAGGCAUAAGGAAUGAAUAGAAUUAAUAUACUAGAAUUAAUACAGGCUGUUGUUGUUUUUUAAACCCAUACAAGUCUCAAGGCAUUUCACCCCUCCCAGUGUGGUGUGGUGGUUAAGAGUGGCCAGUUGUGGUCCUCUCUAAACUCUCUUAGCCCACAGGGAUCAAGAAAAAUGGCAAACCACCUCAGAACAUCUCUUGCCUUAAAAUCCCCAACGGGUUGGCAUAAGUUGGCUGCAAUUUGAGGGCAAAAUCACAUCCACACCCCUACUUUGCUAGUAAAAAGAAUGGAAGCCAAGAGAAGAGGAUUCUGGUAUGGGCCUCCUUGUGAAAUUUGGAUGCAGUAGCAACUUCUCUCUUGGGGUGGGAAUAAGGAAAUAUUGCCCUUCAACCUUUCCCUUGCCCCCAAGAGACUGGAAAAAGAAGAGUCCUUCCCUUGUUGAACAGAGGAAAAAGUGGUGCUUUCUCCCCACCCCCAAAACUGCCCCAAGAAAACUAAACCUUUUUUUUCAGACUGCAGUUCUGUCUCCACUUGCUUAAGAGUGAAUCCUACUGAAUAUAGUAGGACUGAUUUCUGAUUAAAUAUGCACAGGCGGCCAUAAGUGGUAAAAUAAGGAUGCUCUGCAAAUUACUUAAUAAUGGGGGAAAUAAGUCCUGGAGUUUGGGGGCUGGAGGGUUCAUGCGGUUGAGAGCUCCUGUGCUGCUGGGAUGACGUCACGUAAACCUCACCCCUCUGAUUCGGUGCUGGUGGAGGGCUUUCUUGAGUGGGAGUAGAAGGGGGCUUGCCCCUGCAUAGGGACCAGACUGCAGUACUUUAAAAAUGGUAUUUGCACAUGUACGGCCGGAGAAAAUAUUUAUUGCAGUUCAGCUCCCAACUUAAAGACUAUAUGGAGGUUCGUUCAUUGGAUUGUUUUCAUUUUUCAGAAACGCUGCAUUAAAGUUGAGGGCCCGAGUGGUGAAGUGGUUAAGAGUGGCAGACUCUGAUCUGGAGGACCAGAUUCAAGUCCUCCACAUUAAAUCUGCUGGGUGACCUUGGGUCAGUCACAGUUCUCUCGGAAC